AUGGAUCAAAAUUCCUACAGUCCAAACAGGAAGAAACCCCUCGAGAAGAGAUCGUGUACGGAUUGCUUGUGCUUCCUCGGUUUUGGCGUGUUCAUAGCCUGCUGGUUGGGGUUGGCCAGCUAUGCUUAUCAAAAUUCGGACCAAGAGCUGUUCAUUUCACCGUCGGAUUCGAACGGUCAAGUGUGCGGUAGAAAUAAGAACGUGUCUGACAAAUCGUACCUAUUCUUUUUUGACAUAACCGAAUGCACUUCGCCAAUGAUUUUCGUCCACGGGUGCCAAACUCCUCAGGUAUGCGUGGAAAAUUGUCCAAACACGGAUUGGUCCGUCAAAGAAGUGUUGGACUCUAAAGACUCUCAAGUCGACUGGCCGGCCGUACAGAAGACCCUGAUAUGCGUUUCUCCCGAUCUCAACAAAUUGGUCAAUUCGAAGGAAGUGCUGAAAAACUUUACAUCGUCCAACCUAUGUGCCAAAUAUUUUACUAAGAGCGAAACCCUGUUUAAUUAUUGCAUCCCUACGCUGAGUGGUGACUUGGAGAGUCUGAAACAAAUUCUGAGUUCCAACAAUAUCGCGAUGAGCAACUUUAUCGACGGAACAGCUAUGGUUGAUUGGUUGAAAGUGUCGAAAGAAGCCAGUCAAAAUAUAAAAGAAGAUUUGGAAAAAAGCUACCAACACAUUAUUGUUGGUUUGGUCAUUGCUAUUUUCUUCAGCCUUUCCUACAUCCUGCUGCUCAGGUGGUUCAGUUGGUUAAUGGUUUGGAUGUCAAUGUGGGCCAUCGUGGGCUUAUUAGCUUUUGGUAGUUACGAAUCUUAUGUGAAAUACGUGUCAUUCGGCGACUCCGAUACCGAUACUUCGCUCAACGAAGACGGAGAGCCGACCGACAUUGCGACGGGCGGCGGCCGGCAAAGUUGGACCAACUACGCAAACUCCAAACUAAACAAAAAGUCCACCUGGUUGGUGUUCACUGUCGUGUCAACCGUCGCGCUGGUCGUGUUGCUGUUGAUAAUCGUGUUCUUGCGCAAACGGAUACGGCUGUCCAUAGCCCUUAUCGUGGAAGGAAGUCGAGCGAUACUCGAGAUAAAAACAUCACUGGCGUUCCCGGUGUUCCAGUGGCUGUUGUACUUGGUGGUGCUGAUUUGGUUUUUCAUCGUCGCCAUUUAUCUGUCGUCAAUGAAACUGUACGUGUUCAAAGUCAAAGGCCUCGCCAACGACCACGACUGUGUUUGCAACAACAGUUACUACAAGGACGGUGACUGGUGUACAGAGUCCAAAUGGGAACGGUACUGCAGCUCCAUGGGCCAGAAAAAUACCAUGUGCAGACUGGCCAAAUGCGCUUACGACCACAGUGUGUCGCAGGACUUCAUCACCGGACUUCAGCUGUUCAACGUGUUCGGAAUGUUGUGGCUGAUGAACUUUGUGUCUGCCUUCUCUCAAAUGGUGCUGGCCAUCACGUUCACCUCGUGGUACUGGACGUUUCACAAGAAGGACGUACCGUUCUUCUCGCUUACGAGUUCCUUCUACAAAACAAUCAGAUAUCACUUAGGAACGGUGGCUUAUGGGUCUCUGAUCAUCGCCAUCUGCAACUUUAUACGAGUGAUACUCGAGUGGGUGGAAACCAAGCUGAAGAAGUACGACAAUUCGUUCACCCGAGCCAUAUUCACGUGUAUGCGAUGCUUCUUUUGGCUACUGAACAAGUUCUUGCGGUUCGUCAACCGGAACGCGUACAUCAUGUGUGCUAUGUACGGAAAGAACUUUUGCACUUCAGCCAAACAGGCAUUCGACCUGUUGUUGAGGAACGUGUUGCGCCUAGUGGUCCUGGACAAGGUGACCGAUUUCAUAUUUUUCGUGGGAAAGGUCGUCAUCAUGGGUGCCACAAUCGCGGCAUUUUACUUCGAGUUCUACGAACCGAUAGAGCCAAUCAAAAAGUUCGAGUUUUUCAAUCAGCCCGUCCUCAACCACAAGUGGUUGCCGAUGUUCAUCGUGGCAGCCGGCUCCUGGGUGAUAUCUUCCACGUUCUUCCACGUGUACUCCAUCGCUGUCGACACAUUGUUCCUAUGCUUUUUGGAAGACUCCGAACGAAACGACGGAUCAAGUGAUCGUCCUUACUUCAUGUCGCGGAAGCUGAUGAACGUUCUGGGAACGAGGAACGUGCUGUAA